AAAUGUGAAGUGGGUUUUUUUUUAUGAUGAGCACUUUCAAACUGCGACCGAGACUGAGACGAGACGGACCCACACAACACAAAAGCGUGUCGUGUCGUGUCGUGCCGUGUCGGACCCUGUCAAACAUUCUGUGCGAGAUCUGUCAGAAGGAGUGCCCCCAGUGCCCUGCCAUAACGAUGCGGCCGGUACUGUUCCUGUUCUAUACCGGCGAGACGGUGGUCAACAUGAUGCUGAUGGGCUACCAUAUACGCGGCUUCAUGUCGCUCGAUCUAAGCUUCCUGCCAGCGAUGGAUCAAACCCCAUACUACUUCUAUACGGCCACGUUCUAUGUCUUCACCGUGCUCAAUAUAUUUGCCAGCAUUAAUGUGUGCACCGGGCACAAAUCGGUGCUGCUGGAGGAGAUCCUGCGCACCCUCACAGGCUGCAUAUUGUACGUGAUUAUCUCGCUGAUGACGCUAAAGGAUGUGGAGAAUGACUUCCAUAUGAUGUACCUGGGCAUGGGUGAUCCGAAUAUGCCGGAGAAGCCUGUCCAUCCCUUCUUUGCGUAUCUACGCGCACAGGCAGUGUGCUCAUUGGUCUGUAGCAUCAUUUACCUGCUGCACUGUCUCAUCGUUGUUGACGUAAUGCUGUCGUACAAGGACGCUGAUUAUCAAAUGUAUGACACAUCCGAUGAUUCAGACGAGGAUAUGGACUACAUACCCGUGCGCCUGUACUUCUGUGGCGUCUACAUACAGCAGCGACUCGAACGUUAUCGCUGGUUUCGCGACUUCUCCAAUGGUGGGCGCAUCAACAUCUAAUUUCGGGCGGUGCUUAUGACGCGGAAUAUUGACGGCAUUGUGUCAGCGACAGAUUCCCACCC